UUCAGGCGGGUAGCUAUGUGACAGAGAGGCUGCUGCUUUAUCCCGGACCCCCCGCGUCUCGGUCUCCCCCGUCCGCUCAGGAUGGACCCGAGGAGAGCUGAACCGGACCGCUACACCAGCAUCAACCCGGUAUCGCUGUACGGGGAAUUCACAGUCACUGGUAACCGAAAAGUCAGGUGUGCCGUGAGCUUGACCGAGAGCGACCUUAUCGUCCAGAAGCUCACUUCGGCACCUGUCGGGCGGAACAAGGUGGUGCUCAGCCUGAAGGACUGCGUCGGUUGCCGGGCUUACCGGGAGGAUGACAACGCGGACCCCGCAGCGUACUUGGCAGUCUACUUCUACCCGCUCAAACGCCGCUGGAUGAGUUCCGGGGUGUCGCGGCAGAGAGCGGAGCAGUGCUUUCGCCUCGCCGCGCUCCAGGACCCACGCGCUAACCUGGAGGAGGCGGAGAAGUGGGCUCGCGCUGUCCGAGAACGUUCUGCAAGGCAACGGUACCUAAGAGACGGGGUGUUGAUGAGCGAGUUGUCUCGUCCAAGCCGGAUGAUGCUGCUGGUGAACCCACAGAGCGGGAAAGGACACGCGCUCACACUCUACAACAACCACAUUCAGAGAAUGCUCAACGAGGCGGGAGUCACACACACUUUGGUCAUCACAGAGCGGCAGAACCACGCCCGAGAGCUGGUGAAGGAGGCUGACCUUUCACAGUGGGACGCUCUAGUCAUCAUGUCUGGAGAUGGACUCCUGUUUGAGGUGAUAAAUGGUUUGCUGGAGAGACCAGACUGGGAGGAGGCCAUCCGGACCCCGCUGGGUAUCCUUCCUAGUGGAUCAGGCAACGCCUUGGCUGCAUCGGUACAUCACUACACUGGAGCCUCGCCAGUGUCCAGCGAGGAGCUCCUGGUCAGCUGUGGUUUCCUGCUCUGUCAAGGACUCGUGGCCCACAUGGACCUGGUCUCCAUCCAUCUGUCCUCCGGCCUUCGUCUCUUCUCCUUCCUCUCGCUGGCCUGGGGCUUCGUGGCCGACGUGGACAUAGAGAGCGAGAAGUACCGUCACGUGGGAGCUGCCCGGUUCACUGUCGGCACGCUGGUGAGGCUGGCUUGUCUCCGCGUCUACAAGGGCAAACUGGCUUACCUGCCCGCCACCGAGGACUACAGCAAGGAGGAGGGUUUAGGAAAUAACAUGAAGCUGCACUGCAACAAUCAGGCGUCCUCCUUGGCUCUGGCCUCUCGACCGUCCAGAGACUCUCCCUGCCAGAACACCUUCCACAACUCCUGCCACUCCAACAACUCCCUCAAAGUGAGGAGGACGGAGAGCACGCCUUCUAGAAGCGCCACCAAACCCCUCGCCGGCCCGUCUGACUCCCUGCUGCUGCCUCUGGACCAGCCCCUGCCCAGCAACUGGGUGGUAGUGCCGGAGGAAGACUUCGUCCUCAUGCUGGCCAUGUACCAGUCCCACCUGGCUGAGGACCUGAUGGCAGCACCAGACGCCACCACAGACGAUGGAGUCAUCCAUCUCUUCUACGUCAGAGCAGGAAUAUCACGCACUGCGCUGCUGAGGCUGUUCCUAGCCAUGGAGAAGGGUGCACAUCUGAGUACUAACUGUCAACACUUGGUGCACACGAAGGUGCGGGCGCUCAGACUGGAGCCGUAUUCACCUAAAGGGAUAAUAACAGUAGACGGAGAGGUGGUGGAGUAUGGGCCGCUGCAGGCAGAGGUGCACAGAGGCCUGGGGAGAUUAAUCAGUGGAUGAACAAACACCAGCUUUCACCUCUGCUGUUAAAGGCCCAAUAAAAACAUUUUAGAAUUUCAAAUUAGAAAUGUGCAGGUACAGGAGCAAAGCAAUGGAUGUAACUCUCACUCACUGUUAUCUGCAACGUCAGCCUCUCAUCGGUACGCAGAAGACCCAUGUUUUAUGCUAUGAUAUGACAAACAAGUGCCACAUAUGGAGGCCCAAAGAGUUCAAUAUUAAAUAAAUUUGUCAAACGUUAUUAAAUGGAUAGAAUUAAAUUAUAAAUGCAGACAAGAUGCAUAAUAUAAUCAUCCAAUUUAAAAAUAACUUGAAACAUUUUUAUAUUGUUCUUUCAUUCUGCUUCUUUUCACAACAACAGUGUUUAUUUUAUGUCACACUGUUUGUUUUUAAUUCAAAGACAUAUUAUUUCAGAAAGUCUUUAUUGUCAGUCAAGAUACACUUUCAUGAUAUACCGGUACUGACGAUAACAGUGAUAUGUCAUGUUAAUAAUACAUAUCUGCUAAUAUGAUGAAAAUCAUGCAUCACCUGGUAAAUCAUUCCGUUUCUUUCCGUUUAUGCUUUGUCUCCCUCCCGCAACGCCAUUCGGUUGCCCUUUCACUAUCCAUUAAGUGCAAUUGCUCUUUUUGUGCAAUUUUGAACUUUUAUGAUGACAGACUCUCUCUUCACCCCACUACACUCAUAUUUUGAGUGCAAGUCAUUUGCCAAAAAGAGACAAAACACACAGUAAAGAAAGUUAAAGAUCAAUUUGACUGAUAGAAUUUUCCUUUUUUUCCCCUAAAGUUUCAAUAGAUAUACCAAAAAUAUCAUUAUCUUUUGGCCACAAUAAUCAUGUAGUGAAAAUCUGAUAUCAUGUCAGCCCUUUUCUAAAAUACAUAUACAUAUAUAUAUAUAUAUAUAUAUAUAUAUAUAUACACAUAAAUAUAAAUAAAUAUAAUAAUAUAUAAUUUUUUUAUGGUUAACAUGCACAUACAAAUAAAAAAUAAAAAUUUUAAGGACAUUUUACUUUGGAGAAGGAAAUUUUCAAAAAAGAAAAGAGAAAAAUGAAACAAAGUAAGGUUUUUUUCACAGUUUCAUGCCUGUGUUUAAUAUUGAACUCUUUGGGACUCCAUUGCCACAUUUGAGCUUACUGUAGAUGUGUUAGCAUCAAUUUACAAAUCAAACCAACACGAUUCAUCAUCUCAUGACGAAGUCUUUGGCCUCCAUGUGAAGUAAAACCAUCACCGUCUUCAGCCUCCAGUAUCUCAUCUUUACUAUCACUGCAUGGAGAAGGUUUCCUCUUUGUGCUGAAGCUGACGUAUCAAACUGAAUUACAGCAUCUUCAGCAACAGGAAAGGGUUGGAUUUAUGCCUUUAUGGUUCCUCUGCAGUACGUUGGAGAUUGUGUGUGUGUCUGUGUGUGUGUGUGUGUGUGAUGCAGUAAAUGUGAGGAAGCGGGGAUCUCAUCUUGGCCCUGGUUUUAACAGAGGCGAACAGGCUUUGUGACUGUUUAUCGACCACAGAGAGCCUCAAACACUCAAACUAAGAAUUAACUGACGCAGAGACCGACGAGGUGGGAAAGAGGUUCUCCAGAGAAAGUAGAUUUCAAUACCAAACUUGUGCAAAAUACCUCCUGGAACGUGCUGAACAUCUCAGACUGAUAACAGUGUUCAGUGGCUCCUGCAGCUCUCUGGACGGGUGAUUGAUGUGUUUUAGUGCCUCAGUGUGCUCCAAGGCUGCAUCCCUCCAUCCCUUUUUCCUCUUCUGCUUUCAUCCAUCCAUCCGCUGCUUUAAAGGGGACCUAUUAUGCUCAUUUACAGCUUCAUACUUGUACUUGAGGUUUCUACGAGAACAUGACUACCUGCUUUAAUGUUCAAAAACACUUUAUUUUCCUCUUACUGUCUGCUGGAACCUGUGUAUUCUCCCUCUGUCUGAAACACUCCGUUUUAGCACCUGUCUCUUUAAGUCCCCCCUCCUGAAUAAGCCCAGUCUGCUGUGAUUGGUUGUUAUUGCAGCUGGGGGAAUGACAGUAACCGAAAAGACAGAGAAUCACCAAAAAAAAAGCGUGUAAACCAAAAUCUUCACAACUGUUACAGAAGGAAAAUGAUCCAAAAAUGAGGAGAAUUAACAACAUCAACUAACAUUACAUGCUUCCCUGACAUUAGCAUGUAGCUACAUGUAGCGGUGUGCUUGCAGCCAGGGUACGACAGUAGUGUAACAGCACUUUCUACCAUGAAAAAUCACCAAUGACAGCUUCUAAACCAAAAAACUGGACAUGUUUCAGCAGGUGUAUGAUCCAAAUUUGGGGAGAAAUUCAAAGCAACCAAAAUCACAGGUUUCCCUGACGUUAGCAUGUAGCUACAUGUAGCAGUGUAGGCUACGUAAUGUAAACACUUGUAGUAAUGUGCCUGGAGCAGAUGACCAUCUAAAAAAAUCCAUCACGAGCUCAUGUAAUCUGGUCUCGAAAGUAGAAAAAGGUUUUUUGUUUUUGUUUACCUCAUUAUUUGAACGUUUUUCCAAAUUUAAUAUUAACAUCUGACAUUUUAACAUUAUAUAUAUGACAGAAAAUAAAGAAAAGCAUAAUAGGUUCCCUUUAAUUACUGCAGUCCUGAGUGUUUCUGGCCCCAGUUGCUUUUCAGACACACACACACACACACAGGCUGUCCCUAUGGGAGAUUUAUUAAUGAUCAUCACCUAGGUGUCCUUACCAUUGAGCUUCAGGUCACACAGAGGAAACGAUGACCGAGGCUUCGGCCUGCACGGGCAGUAAAGUCAGAUUUUUAAAUGUGUUUUUAAUUGCGAUCCAAAUCUCUUCAGACGUUUGUUUGAUUCACUUUCACAAAAAUCAGAUGUAGACACAAAGAAAUCUUUGAGUCAGAGUGAGAUGAACUCUGAGUGGCCUUAAGCGAGAGUUUUAGAGGGUUCAAGCUGGUUAAAACAGCAUGUAGGGAGUGCA